AGGAAGAGGAGAGUGCAUGGUUAAGUGCUUGUGAGUGUGUGUGCGUGUGUGUGUGUACAGAAGAGAAUGAAAUCAGAUUCCAAGUGUGAGACUGAUUAAGCAGAGAGAUGCUGGGAGAGGAUGAGAAGUGAACGGGGCGAGGCUGCAGCGAGAGGUGUAGUGUGUGAGCAGAGGGAUGCAGUCAUGUCUCUGUGAGAGGGAGCAGCACAGCAACGGUAACCAUGCUGAGCCCCAAGAUAAAACAGGCACGCCGGGCACGAUCCAAGAGCAUGGUGCUCGGAGAGUUGUCUCGGCUCUCCAGACCCUGCUCUCCGCUGGACCAGGAGAAGAUGCUGAAGUCUGGUUGGCUGAAGAGGCAGCGGAGUAUCAUGAAAAACUGGCAGCUGCGUUGGUUCGUCCUGAGAACUGAAGCUCUUUACUUCUACAAGGACCAGGAUGAAAGCAAGGCACAGGGAUGCAUUCCUCUUCAGGGUAGUCAUGUCAAUGAAGUGCCUGCCAGUCAGGAUGAACCAGGUCGUCACCUGUUUGAAAUUGUUCCAGGGGUACCUGGUGAAAAGGAUCGAACUGGCAUAAGCCAUGAAUCAUUUCUGCUGAUGGCCAACUCCCAGACUGAAAUGGACGAGUGGGUCAGAGCCAUACGUAGAGCCAUAUGGGCUCCACUUGGUGGAGGUAUCUUUGGACAGCAUCUAGAGGAGACAAUGUCAUACGAGGCCCAGUGUGGCCUUCAGCGAGCAGUUCCUGUUCUGGUCGAACAGUGUGCAUGCUUCAUACGUGAGCUUGGACUCAAAGAGGAGGGUCUUUUCAGGGCCCCCGGGCAGACCAAUCAUGUUCGAGAACUCCAGGAUGCCUUUGACCGUGGCGAGAAGCCAGUGUUUGACAGUUCCACUGAUGUCCACACAGUGGCAUCGCUGCUAAAGCUGUACAUACGAGAGCUGCCAGAGCCCAUAAUCCCAUUCUCCAAAUAUGCACAGUUCCUCUCUUGUGCUCAACUUCUUAACAAGGAUAAAGAAAUGGGGAUCACAGAACUGGGCAAACAGGUGAAAUCCCUUCCUCAGGUCAAUUACAACCUUCUUAAGUACAUCUGCGAGUUUCUUGAUGAGGUGCAGUCGCACUCCGGUGACAAUAAGAUGAGCGUGCAGAACCUGGCCACCGUGUUUGGACCUAACAUACUUAGACCCAGAGUGGAGGAUCCGAUUACAAUGAUGGAGGGAAGUUCGCAGGUGCAGCACCUGAUGACUGUGCUGAUCAGUGAACACUUCCAACUUUACCCAUGUGAAGAGCCUGAAGCCGAGACUAAGAGUCAUCCACACCAACCAGAGGUCCAACGCUGCAAAGUGGAAUGGAUUUCACAAGAAGAUGCUGAUGUUCUGCCUUCUUCUGGCAUGAGCUCCAAAACCCCACAAGAGAAUACUUCAUCUCCAACCCCUUCCACCAACAGUGAGCUGACCACAUCAAGCCCCGUUUCGUCUGAAAAGUGUGAGGAUGGAUGGAUUGAGGGGAAAAAUAAAGGCAAGAGAGAUGAGAAAGUGGACAGAAAAGGAGAUAGCAAAACAGAAGGAGAAAGUGAAGCUGUUAGCCCCAGCAAACAGUCCAAAGCCCUGCCGUCCUGGCGGUGCUCCUUCAAGGGCAGCGCAGCCUCUGCAGGGCCCAGGGGGAAAAUAGGAGGCUCGGCCGGGGAUGUGUCCGCGGCUGGGGGGAGCAACUGGCUGAUGAAUGGCUUGUCAUCCUUCCGAGCACACAGGCGCACCACCUCAUCUGGGGAAAAGCUGAAAGACUCGACAUUGUCUCUGAAGGACUCCACCCUCUCACUUAAGGAAACCACUCUUUCACUCAAGGACUCGCAGAGAGACUCGGAUGAGAACUGUUCUCACGCAUCCGUGUCUCACAGAGGCUUCCACCAGUCCCACCGACUCUCCGCCUAUGAUAAUGUUGCUCCGUCCAGCUUAAGCCUGCCUGCUGACAGCCCACCCAUCUGGACAUCCUAUGAGAUCUCUUUGUCGGAGCCAGAGGAAAAUUAUAAAACGACGAUUUCAGAACAGAGUCAAGAGAAACCCUCGGUGGCGGUGGACAGUGCAAAUACUCUGGAAAGUGCAAGCGGCAAUGAGGAGGAUGUCACAGCAACCAAUGGAGAUUUCUCAAGUAUGCAGAUCGAUCUUAAGCAGGAACUGAAGAAACAGAAGAUGAGCUAUGAAACCUGCAUUUGCAAGUUGGAGGAGUCGUGUUCCAGAUAUCAGUCGCAGGUAAAUCGCCUUGAAGAGGAGCUGGACCAGGAGAAGAAGAAGUUUCACAUGCUGGAAAUCCGACUCAGGAACUCGGAGCGAGCACAUCAAGAUGCAGAAAAUCGAAAUGUUCUCCUCCAGCAGGAGAUGGAGGAAUUCUUCAAGACGCUUGGAGAUCUGACAACAGGAGCAACGCAGGCCAACUAGACCAGACCAACCUGCCUUCGUCCGGUCCUGGGGGAGCACAGCCACUGGGAAGACCAACCAGCCCCAAAGCUCUCGAGACCAAAUACCUCUAGUGCAGUGCUAAUCGCCAUCUUGCCCUUUACAGAACGGCUGUCCUGUGCCUACGCUGACCAGUGCCGGUGCCAAACAAGAAUUCGUCUGGACCAAGAACCCUCACUUUGUCAUUCCUUAACAUUUCUAGCCAUUAUAUAGAGUACGUAUACAUUGGACAGGUAGUUAUGUCCAAUUAUUUGCUCGUUUCAUUCAGUGACCAGUAAAGGCCUUAUCGAUAACAUGUCAAAGUAUUGUCAUUCACAUGCGUUUGUUUUCCAUGAAAUUCUAGACUAGGAAAAUAAGUAGAACAAUAUGAGAUAUUAAAAUGAAACUCUUUAUUUGCUGGAGUUGAAGGUAGACAGUUUCCAUAACUAGCGAGCUGAAUAAUUUAUCUGUGAGUGAGUCAUUGUUAGAUAAAAGGCUGAAAUUCACACGACUGUCCUUUGCAAAACAUACCACAUGAGCUUUUAGUCUUCGCUGACGGUGUUUGGCCACAUCCUCAUCAGUCCUCAGCACCAUCCCAGCGGUGCAAUAAAUAACUCUACAAUAAAUGUACCUGCACUAAUGCUCAGAGAAAACUCAUGCAACAGUCUAUUCUAUCUGAUCUAUGUUUCUUAGAGGAUGGAGGAGGGGGAAAGCCACACACACAAAAAGGAAGUCAAAACAGUCAGAAGUGAUGUGGCCAAAACAGGGCUCAGGACAAGUGUCCCAAUCCCCAGGGUGCAUUCUGGGAGUUGAUGGUAAAGUUUUACCGCUUUGAGCUCCAAAACCACGAAAUAUACAGUUUAGGAAUCUGAAUCGUUGAAUACAUAAAUACCAUGGCAGGUGGCAAAUACCUGUUUUCUGUUUCCCAGAAAACAUGCAUACAUCUACAGUCAAAUGUACAGGUUGUUCACCGACUACUAAUCCAUGAGUUAACUACACACACCCACACAAGAGCAUAUAAAUAGUACUUCUGAAUGAGAUGUACAUUAACAGAUACCUUCUAGCUUGAAAUAAAAAACUGGAGAAAAAAAACUACUUUGCAUUCUGUCAAAUCAUCUGUGCCAUGAUUCUGUUUGUCUCUAAAAAUGUGUUUGAUUGUUUGCAUGUGUGAGGUAGAACUCAAGACGUC